AUGAGAGGCCUGCGUGAAACUCGGCUAAGCUGGAGUUCCGCCGACAACGCCGUGACCCAUCGAACGGCAAGGCAGACAUCCCGCAUCAACCAUAGCCAAUUUCGAGUCAACAACUACAGGAGAUUCCAGGUCUCCCAACCAGGCCUCCGAACCAGGCCUCCGAACCAGGCCUCCGAACCAGGCCUCCCAACCAACCGUUUGGCCCCCCGGCCGGUUCUUGGGCCGGCCUCUUCGGGCGGCCCGCCAAUGUGCAUGUGCCAGGACUGCGGCCGCCUGCCGCGAGGCCAUGCCGCGGGCGGCCGAUCAAAGGACAUAGGGGUCACCCGGCGGAUGGGAUGGAGUUGCAAGCGGCACGGCUGCUAUUCGCGGGGCACACGGCACGAACGGGCUCUUGGCCCAGCCUUGGGUCGCCGUGGCAAUUCUGACGAGCCCGGCACUGUCUCGACUAUCCUGAUGAUUCGAAGGCGACCUGCCGCGGUAGACUCCCGGCGUCUGUUUGCGGCACAGAACGACCAAUGGACGGAGGAGACGAACGACGCUGGGAGUGGUGGCCGCCGAGUUUCGGCUCAGGUCAGCACAUACCUUUCACGGAGAGGCUUGACGCGUGGUCUCGGCUUGCGCAUGGACCGCGUCGAACUUCGUCCAGUGGUUCCUACGAGACAGAAACCCGGGAUGCGGAGGGCAGGCGGGGGAUGA